UUACUGUCAUUUAUUCAGUGUAGCUAAAAAUUGAGAAACUGGAUUGAAGGUUAAUUUCUCACAUUCAUUUGUACAUUCCACAAGGAACCUUAAAAUGAUCAGUGUUGAGGUUUGGCGCCAUGAAGAAGUAAGCUGUUGGCGUGGUCUGUUUCUGUAGCCAUGUGAUUCUGUCACUCCUUCUCUCCUAGCCUUUCAAAGAUGCCUGCCGCAUAUUCUACCAAGCAGAGAUGGAAGACCUGGACUUUGUCAGUGCUACGGAGGAGUCCAGGACGCACAUAAACACCUGGGUAGCCGAAAAGACAGAAGGUAAAAUUAGAGACUUGCUCGCUGCGAAUUCAGUUGACGCCAUGACUCGUCUGGUUCUCGUGAAUGCCGUCUACUUCAAAGGAAUUUGGGAUGAACAGUUUAACCAAGGGCGCACCAUGCAAAAGCCAUUUAAAGUCAGCAAGGACGUGGAGAAAACUUUGCAAAUGAUGUUUAUGAAGUCCACCUUUAAAAUGACCUACAUUGAAGAGAUAAGCACCCAGAUUCUGGUGCUUCCCUAUGUCGGCCAAGAGAUGAACAUGGUCAUCCUGCUGCCCAGUGAAAGCACUGACUUGAACACGGUGGAGAAGGCCCUGACCUACGAGAAAUUUGUCGCAUGGACGAAGCUGGACAUGCUGGCUGAGACGGAGAUGCUGCUGUUCCUGCCCCGGUUAACUCUGGAGGACAGUUACGACAUGGAGGGCAUCCUCCAGAAACUGGGCAUGACUGACGCCUUCAACGGGGCCUGCGCCGACUUCUCAGGGAUGUCAUCCAGCCAAGGCUUGCACCUGUCCAAGGUUGUGCACAAGUGCUUCCUGGAGAUCAACGAGGAGGGCACGGAGGCCACGGCCGCCACAGAGGCCAGGUUUACACCGGACAGCCUGAGCGUCGGACAGCAGUUCUUAGCUGAUCGCCCCUUCCUCUUCUUCAUCCAGCACGGCAAGACUGGGGCCAUCCUGUUCUGCGGCCGCUUCUGCUCGCCGUGACGGGGUGCUGGAGGCGCCCCGGUGCUCCUCACCGCUCUCCCCGAAUCUGGAAGAGCUGAACCCCAGUGACCUUGGCGAAGGUCCACAAAUAAAGGCUGAUGGAGACCGCC